CAACCACAGAACUGACACUUACUAGCAGUUCCCACUCACUACCAGUCAGUUGACUCACUGUACAAGACCUCUCCCCUUCAGUCUACUGCAGGGUGGGAGAUGCAACAAUGGCCUUGAGAACAGCAGGAAGUGUGUUGGUGGUCUUUCUCUGGUCUGUAGCAGUGGUACUGGGUCAGUAUGGCUGGAGUGUUACAUACACCACUCAGAGUAUCUGUGUCUUGAAGGGGUCAACAGUGAAGCUGUCCUGCUCUAUCAGAUAUCCCAGUGGUACAGUCACAUCAACCGUCUGGUUCACUAAAUGGGGGACUGGUGUAGAACCUGAAGAUCUAGGUCAGAACCCAGAGUAUGCAGGUCGUCUGGAGUAUCAUGGGGAUAAGAAGAAUGGUCACAACCUGAGAAUCACAGACCUGAGAGAGAAAGACUCAGCUACGUACAAGUUCAGAUUUAUAACAGAUCAGACUGGAGGGAAAUAUACUGGUGAUCCUGGAGUCACUCUGUCUGUCACAGCUCUGCAGGUGAAGGUGACUCCACCACGGUCGGCAACGUCGAAGACACUGACCUGUAUCACCACCUGUACUCUGACUGGUAACCCCACCUACAUCUGGUACAAGAACGGACAACAUCUAGAUGAGAGCACCUCCCCCCAGUACAAAGACCCAGUCUUCAGUAACUAUGUAGACAGCUACUCCUGUGCUGUAAAAGGCCAUGAGGAUCUCCACUCUCCUGCAGUGUGUGUUCAGGGUCAGAGCUGCAGCAGAGUAACUUACACCAAGAGGAGAAUCUGUGUCUUGAAGGGGUCAACAGUGGACAUAUCCUGUACUUAUGUUGGUUAUUAUUCCACCACAUCAACAUUCUGGUUUAGAAGUGAUAAGUCGACCCCUGAAGACCUAACCAGAGACCCAGGGUAUACAGGUCGUGUGAAGUACACUGGAACAUACAGAGGUCCCUUCAUCCUGAGAAUCACAGACCUGAGAGAGGAGGACUCAGCUGAGUAUCGCUUCACUUUUAAAACAUACAACGUUGAAUGGGGUCAUAGUUUCCCAGGAACAACUCUGUCUGUCACAGGUCUGCAAGUGAAGGUGACUCCUGCUGCAGAGGGACAGAAGACACUGACCUGUAUCACUACCUGUACUCUGACUGACAACCCCACUUACAUCUGGUACAAGAAUGGACAGAAUGUACAAGAUAACUCCUCUCCCAUUUUCUCCAUCAGCAGUGAGGAUGCAGACAGCUACUACUGUGCUGUAAAAGGCCACGAUGGUCUCAGCUCUCCUGCAGUGUAUAAACCAAAGAACACCUCAGUGUCAGUCAGUCCCUCUGGUGAAAUAGUGGAGGACAGUUCAGUGACUCUGACCUGCAGCAGUGAUGCCAACCCACCUGUGGACAAAUACACCUGGUACUUUCAAAAUAAGACUUUUCUAAAUGGAUUUGGACAGAUGUACAACAUAAGUUAGUUCAAGUCUAAGGACAAUGGACAUUACCACUGUGAGGCCUGGAAUGGAAGAGGAUCUAGGAACUCUACAGCUCUGAUGAUCAUUUUACCAGAGAAACAGACCUCAGUUCUGACUGCUGCUGUAGGAAUCAUAGUGGUUGUUCUGGUUCUCAUCCUCUGUCUCUCUGGACUCAUGUGGUUCAGGAGAUCCACAGGAGGAAGUGAUGCCACAGCAGACACACAGAGUGUCCGUCCUGACUGUAACAGUGACAUGUACACAGGUCUGAACAUGAGGACCAUGUCCCCUGACUA